AUGGCCUUCAACGUCCGGCGUAGGAAACAGGACAACAUCCUGGGCAUCUGUGUCAUCUUUAUUGUCAGCCUCACUCUUUGGAUGUUACAGAGGCCAAAACAAAGAUUUCAGUUUCAGAAGACAAAUAGCAAUGUGGACUUGGUUAGUGAAACUGACAAAUGUACUCUUCAAAUGGAAGAUAAGAAAAUACUGGAGCAGGUUGUGUUCAAGCAGGAAUUCCCUUGGGAACCCAAUACCUCAGCAGUGGCCCAAUACAGGGCAGAACUGGAGCGAUGUUGUAACACUUCUUUCAGGCUAAUUUUAACCAAGGAAAAUAUAACUUUGAGAACAAAUGUUAACCUCUGGGUGGAGCAAGAUAAGCUACUUGAAGAAGCUGAGCUAAAGGAUCUACUGCCAGAGCGCUCACCUUUCUUGGGUGCUCACUAUAGGCACUGUGCAGUGGUGGGCAGUGGUGGAAUCCUACGAAACAGCCGCUGUGGGCAGGAAAUCGACCAGGCUGAUCUAGUAGUCAGGUUCAAUCUGCCUCCCAUGAACUUCUCUGAAGAUGUGGGAACCAAGACAACCCUAAUGACCAUCAACCCCAGCAUUAUUAUGUUAAGAUACAAAAACUUGGAGUUCCAACGGAAGCCCUUCGUAGAUGCUCUGCGCUCCUACCGGGGCGCCCUCUUCAUUAUGCCUGCUUUCUCCUUUGUGGACCGCGUGGAUGGCGCCUACCGUGCUCUGUACACCAUGAAGGACUUUGGCUUAUUGCAGCGUUUUUUCAUCCUGAACCCACACUACCUGAAUGCCUUAACUCACUACUGGAAGGAAAAAGGCUUACAGCCGUCGCGCCUGUCGUCCGGCUUCGUGUACGUUAACAUUGCUUUCGAGUUCUGCCAGCACGUCACCCUGUACGGUUUCUGGCCCUUCCUAUAUGACUUGGACAGCCAGCCUAUCUUACACCACUACUAUGAUCAUGUGAUGCCCAUGCAUAAAAGGCAUUUCAUGUGCUGUGAAUUCUCUCGCUAUCUUGGCAUGCACGCCCAGGGUGCACUGCGGUUACAACUUGGCAAGUGUCAGUGA